AGAAGUAGACUGUACUGUUCUUAAUCCUACACAGUUUGCCAUUAUAUUAAACAGAUAUAAUGGGGGAAAGGGUGGUAGUACCAGAAUUGGUACUUAAAUUGUUACUAAAGAAAGGUAGAUUAGCUGUUUGCACUGUGAAGAUUUCAGGGAAGAAAAUUAGCAUAACUUGGGAAAUAACAGAAGUGUUGUUGCUUUACCAAUCCCCACAAGCUUUCUAUACAGUCAGACCUUCAAUUAGUGUGGCAAAGUCAGUAUGUAAUUAGCAAAGGGUUCCCAAGAGCUAUCAGAAACACAGUUGGAUCUGGAUUUAUUUUAGCUCUUGGAAAAAAAAACUUACGAAGCUGAUUAUUUUGUUUUUCAGUGAAGCGUCAAUGCUUUUUGUCACUUAAAAAUGAAAACUGGCAAGUCCAUGGACACAAGCCUACAAGAGAGAGAGUUUCUUUGCCUCAAAGCUAUUUUUAAACCAGGAAAAAGCCUUAGGGAGUGGACUGCUCAUGCAGACAUAAUGUGGAUGAGCGUGAUAGGUGUGAUUACCAUGCACACAGACAGUGAAAUGGGGAUGGGGGGCGGGCUCCUAGAAAUAGCACUGAGAUCAGAAGUUCUGCACCACUUAGUGCUGAAGUUCCUCCAGCAAACCUUUUAACUUUUUUGUGCUUCAGUUUCUGCACCUGGAAAAUUGAGAUUUGAGAUUGUUUAGUUGUAAUUUGUUUGAAUCAUGACUGCUAAUAAAUGAAAUGUCAGAGAAUUAAGCAUUCCUUAUUACUCAUUGGAUCAACUAAUAUUCAUUGAAUUCCUACUCUGCCUCAGACACAGUGAUAGGCAUUGAAUCAUCAUGGAGAUUAUUACAAAUUAUAGCAGCAUUAAUGUACACCCUCCCAGUCAUUGACUUUGAAUAUCCAGUUCUCUGCAAAAAUUAUUAAAGGAAGCAAUUGAAAAGAAAGAACAACGAGCCAAGCGCUUCCAUUUACGAUCAGAAGUAGAUCUUGCCCAAAGAAAUAUAGCCUUGGACCGAGACAUGAUGAAGAAAGCAAUCCCCAAAGUGAGACUGGAGACAAUCUACAUUUGCGGAGUAGAUGAGAUGAGUACCCAGGAUAUCUUUUCCUAUUUUAAAGAAUACCCUCCGGCUCACAUUGAAUGGUUGGAUGAUACCUCCUGUAAUGUGGUUUGGCUGGAUGAAAUGACAGCCACACGAGCCCUUAUCAAUAUGAGCUCUCUGCCAGACCUGGAUAAGAUAAGAAGCAGGGAUGCCAAUGAGGACAAGUCAUCUGAGAAAAGCAAAAAAGACAAGCAGGAAGACAGUUCAGAUGAUGAGGCUGAAGAAGGAGAAGUUGAAGAUGAAAACUCAAGUGAUGUAGAGCUGGAAACAUUAUCUCAGGUAGAAGAAGAGUCUCUGCUAAGAAACGAUCUUCGUCCAGCUAAUAAACUUGCUAAAGGAAAUAAGUUAUUCAUGAGAUUUGCUACAAAAGAUGACAAAAAAGAACUUGGAGCAGCCAGAAGAAGUCAGUAUUACAUGAAAUAUGGGAAUCCAAAUUACGGAGGCAUGAAAGGAAUUCUUAGUAAUUCUUGGAAGCGAAGAUAUCAUUCCCGUCGCAUUCAGCGGGAUGUGAUCAAGAAGAGAGCCAUGAUUGGGGAUGAUGUUGGCUUGACGUCCUAUAAACAUCGACAUUCCGGACUAGUGAAUGUUCCUGAGGAACCCAUUGAAGAAGAGGAAGAGGAGGAGGAGGAGGACCAGGACAUGGAUGCUGACGACAGGGUGGUAGUAGAGUACCAUGAGGAGCUCCCAGCUCUCAAGCAGACCCGGGAGCGGAGCUCAUCCAGGAGGUCCAGUGCCAGCAGCUCAGACUCGGAUGAAAUGGACUAUGAUCUAGAACUGAAAAUGAUUUCCACUCCUUCACCAAAGAAAAGCAUGAAAAUGACUAUGUAUGCUGAUGAAGUGGAAUCUCAGUUGAAAAAUAUUAGGAACUCCAUGAGGUCAGAUACUAUAUCAACAAGCAAUAUCAAAAACCGAAUCGGCAACAAAUUGCCACCUGAGAAAUUUGCAGACGUCCGACAUUUAUUAGAUGAAAAACGUCAGCACACACGUCCGCGGCCGUCAGGCAGCAGCACUAAAUCAGAUAUACGCCAGCGGUUAGGAAAAAGACCACAUUCUCCAGAAAAGGCUUGUAACCCCGUCGUUCGGAGAGAGCCCUUUUCUGAUGUUCAUAGUAGGCUAGGUGUUCCCAGGCAAGACACUAAAGGCCUCUAUUCUGAUACUCGGGAGAAGAAAUCAGGUAGUUUAUGGACUCGCUUAGGAUCUGCAUCCAAGACCAAAGAAAAGAACACAAAGAAAGUGGAUCGUAGGGCUCCUGGCACUGAGGAAGAUGACUCCGAGCUGCAAAGGGCAUGGGGGGCUCUGAUUAAGGAGAAAGAACAGUCUCGCCAAAAGAAGAGCCGUUCAUCCAAAGAGCAGAGAACUGAACUUCUCACUAUUGCCUUGGCCCUGACAGCUGUUACCAGCACCCUUUUCCCAAGAAAAGUCAAUUCCCAGGUGCUUAUUGGACAGCCUUCGAGGGGGAAGAUGAGGGAAGCUGCCAGCUCACUCUUCCAGGACCCUAGUGUGGGGGCCGAAUCUCAUGGACCUGACCUCAGAGGUGCACCAGUGCUGCCAGGUAGAUCACAGACACAGCGUCCGUCGUGCUUCCGUUCCUCCUGGAGAUGCCUGUUAGGGACCUCUUGUUAGCAGUCGGCUUGCCGUGAAGAUCAAGUUCAGUACUGGGGGAUUUUUAGGAACAAAAAACUGUGACUUCUGGAUUUGGGAUGGAUUUUUUUGUGCUAGGGGUGGGGUCAUGGGGUAAUGUUGAACAAUUUCUAAGUCUGUAUUAUGUUUAAAAAAUAUUAAUGAUUUAAGGUUUAAAUUUUUAAUUUUUAUAUGUGAAAAUACUUCCUGUUGGCUACCAGGGAAGCUCAAGUGGUGUCUAAUGUGCUGUUAAAUAUAUAUUAUAUACUUUGGAAGAAG